ACAUUUUCAGGAGCUCGAUUUGAUGAUGGGGCAGGAGGUGAUAAUGAAGUCCAAAGAACCAUGUUAGAAUUAAUUAACCAGCUGGACGGAUUUGAUCCACGAGGUAACAUCAAAGUGUUGAUGGCUACUAACAGACCUGAUAUUUUAGAUCCUGCACUGAUGAGGCCUGGCCGACUUGAUCGUAAAGUAGAAUUCUCUCUGCCAGACCUUCAGGGUCGAACCCACAUCUUCAAGAUUCAUGCAAGGUCUAUGAGUGUAGAGAGAGACAUAAGAUUUGAACUUUUGGCUAGAUUGUGCCCUAAUAGUACAGGUGCAGAAAUUCGAAGUGUCUGUACUGAAGCUGGAAUGUUUGCCAUCAGAGCCAGAAGAAAAGUUGCAACAGAAAAAGACUUUCUGGAAGCGAUCAAUAAAGUGAUCAAAUCCUAUGCUAAGUUCAGUGCUACUCCUCGCUACAUGACAUACAAUUAAAGUUCCAGCUAAAGUUCUUUACAACUGCUUUUCUAACAUUUUGUUUUGUAGUAAUUUGCUGAACUCUGUAAUCUUUGUCUUUUAUUUAAUUAUUGAAUUAAACACUCCAGAAAACAUG